AGCAGGUGCUUCCAUGAUUUACCCUCUUCCUUUGGUCUGCUAUAAAAGCCUCUGGAGAGCACCACUGUGCAAAGAACUCACCGCUGCCAAACUUCACUGUCCAGGAUCCCGAGGGUGAAGACACAUGGGUAUCUUUCUGCUCUCCUCGCUGUGGUUCUUAGUCACACUUCUAAGCUGCAGCGGCCAAGAAAGCCCACUGGCAAAAUGCUUCAGAGAUCCAGGUUAUGAAGAAUUCCUAGAGAUAGCCAAGUAUGGGCUGAAGAAGCCAAUGCACCGUAAGCAUGUGCUGAUCGUGGGUGCAGGGAUGGCAGGACUCAGCGCAGCCCAUGUACUCACAGAGGCAGGGCACAAGGUAACAGUUCUUGAAGCCAGCGGGCGGGUGGGAGGACGAGCGGAGACUUACAGAAAUCAAAAGGAAGGCUGGUAUGCAGAUCUGGGGCCUAUGCGUUUGCCUAAGGAGCACAGGAUUGUCCGUGAAUACAUAAAGAAGUUUGGCCUGAAGCUGUCUGAAUUCGUUCAGUAUGAUCCAAAUACCUGGUAUUUUGUAAACAACAUCAGAAAGAGAGCCUGGGAAGUCAGAGAAAAGCCCAGCAUCUUGGGAUAUCACCUGAAACCGGAAGAAGAAGGCAAAUCUGCUGGGCAGUUAUAUCGUCAUGCCGUCAAAAAGGUUGUAGAAGAGGUGCAGAGGACGAACUGCAGCCACGUGUUUAAAAAAUAUGACCCCUACUCAACCAAGCAAUAUUUAAUCGAGGUGGGAAACAUGAGCCAAGGAGCUGUCCAGAUGAUUGGAGACUUGCUAAACCAUGAUGCCGGUUAUUACCAGUCCUUCAUUGAAAGUUUGAAAGCGGAAAUCUCCAGUUUUUUCAAGGGCUAUGAUGAAAUAUCAGGAGGCAUUGAUCUACUGCCAAGAGCCAUUUACAAAACCAUUUCAGAACGGGUGUUCUUGAAUGCCAGAGUGGUCAGGAUAAAACAAAGGAACGGCACUGUUACUGCAGUAUAUAAAACACUGAACCAAUCAUUGUCAAGUGUGACGGCCGACUACGCCAUCCUCACCCCUACAACAAAGGCCACCCGGCGCAUCGAUUUUGAUCCACCCCUCUCACUGGACAAAUCAGAUGCCUUGCGAGCCGUCACCUACAGGAGCGCCACCAAGGUCUUCCUUGGUUGCUCCAAGAAGUUCUGGGAAGCUGAUGGCAUUCGUGGCGGGAUGUCUGUCACCGAUCGUCCAUCCCGAUUCACCAACUACAUUGCCCAUAAUUUCUCCAGCGGCUUUGGGGUUCUCUUGGCUUCCUAUGUCAACAGCGGUGACUCUGAUUUUUUCUUGCCCCUCAGCCAAGAAGACAUCAUUAAUGUCAUCCUGGAUGACCUCUCAGUCAUCCAUCAGCUGCCUAAAGAAGAGAUACAAAGUAUCUGUAGCUCCUCAGUGAUAAAACGAUGGAGCCUGGAUCCGUACGCCAUGACUGGCAUCACUCGGUUCACCCCCUACCAGUAUACAGAGUAUAUUCAACCUCUUCGCAAGCCAGAAGGUAGACUCUAUUUCGCUGGGGAGCACACCACUGUGUACCAUGGUUGGAUAGAUAGUGCAAUGGGGACAGGACUGAGAGCAGCAAGAGCUAUCAAUUUCUUGUGUGGGGAAGCACUCCCAGGUCAUCAAACCAACUAAGAAAAAUUAACUUUU